GGCGGGGACGGGCGGGGACGGGCGCGGGCGCGGCGGCGGCGAAGGCAGCUCGGGCGGGCGGCGGCAGGCGUGCGGGGGGCGGCGGCGCCCAAGCGGACACGGAGCCGGUCAGCAGCAGCCGCGGCGGCGCUGCAGGGACGAGAGCCCAGGUCGCUCCAACCUUCCUCGCUGGACUCCGGGGCCCAGGACUGGGCAGUUUCGUCUGGCCUAGGAGUCUCAAGGGUCGGUCUGGGGUUCUAGCAGCCACAGCUGCGAGCUCUCCCGGCCCCGCCCCCCACCCCCGCGUGGAAGAUGCCUGAACAGAGCAACGACUACCGAGUGGUGGUGUUCGGGGCUGGCGGCGUGGGCAAGAGCUCGCUGGUGCUGCGCUUCGUCAAAGGCACGUUCCGGGACACCUACAUCCCCACCAUCGAGGACACCUACCGGCAGGUCAUCAGCUGCGACAAGAGUGUGUGCACGCUGCAGAUCACUGACACCACGGGCAGUCACCAGUUUCCGGCCAUGCAGCGGCUGUCCAUCUCCAAGGGCCAUGCCUUCAUCUUGGUCUUCUCGGUCACCAGCAAGCAGUCGCUGGAGGAGUUGGGCCCCAUCUACAAGCUCAUCGUGCAGAUCAAGGGCAGCGUGGAGGACAUCCCCGUCAUGCUGGUGGGCAACAAGUGCGACGAGACCCAGCGGGAGGUAGACACCCGCGAGGCCCAGGCUGUGGCCCAGGAGUGGAAGUGCGCCUUCAUGGAAACUUCAGCCAAGAUGAACUACAACGUCAAGGAGCUAUUCCAGGAGCUACUCACGCUGGAGACGCGCCGGAACAUGAGCCUGAACAUCGACGGCAAGCGCUCCAGCAAACAGAAGAGGACAGACCGCAUCAAGGGCAAAUGCAUCCUCAUGUGAGCCCAGAGAGCCCGUCACCACCGCUGGCACCCCUUUGUCCCGGGCACAGGCCUCUCCCCAAGUCCUGUGCCCUCUUCCUCCUCCCUUUCUCCUCCUCUCCUGGCCUCUCUCCCAUUUCUUCCACUUCUCUCCCUUCAUCCACCAUCUCCGGCAGGGAAACAGGCCUUGCCGAACCUGUGGCAGAUCUGGGCUUGUGGCAAUCCAGCUCUGUUGCAUCACUCUGCGGUUCCCUCCCUCUUUGCCCCGACCCCCCAUCCUGUCUGUAUCCCCAGAAGGCGAGUGCUGGAGGUGGCCCCCAUGAUCUGCACGUGGGAAAACAGGCGUUGGGGGGGAAGCUGUUUGUCCUCAUCUGGACUGAGGACGCCAGUUUUUUUCCCCAUCUCCAUGUCUGCCACUUCUGCCCCUUCCCCUUGGGUCCCCCCAUUAGAUCACUGUGACCUUGCUGGGGAGGAGGGAGUUGAAAUGCACAUGGACCUCAGAUUUUGUUUUCUCCUAUUUGGUGUUUAAUAUACACUCCCCUCCCCCUUCCAUCCCUCAUGACCUCUGACCUGGGUCCCCCCAACCCAGGUCCCAGACCACUCCUCUCGCCCCCAUCCCCACAGCUUGGUGGGGGGCUUUGCGGGCUGGGUCUCAGGCUGCCAGGCAAUAACCAAACAGGGCCCUCAGCAGUGCCCCACCAGCCUGGAAUCCCACUCCACACCUGGCCUGGGCCUGGGGUGUAGGCAGAGGAGGCCCAGAACCGGCCAAUGGCCACAGCACAACUCCAGGAGACUGUCUGGGAUGAAUAUGGAGGGCCAUCCCGGACACAGCCCAUGGACAGAGAGCGACACAGCUUGUCACCACUGAGCCUUGGGCAGGGAGUUGGGGAGGGGGAGCUGGACCCUGUCAGAGGCAGGCAUCCGGACUCAGCACUAGCAGGGUCCGUGGGGCUGGAGAUGGAGCUCUGCCCAACCUGUUGCCUCCACCUACUAGGUCAUGGGGGCUGCCCAGGAAGGCGUGUGUCCCGGAGUCCGGGUGUGCCUGCCACCCUGAGAUUAUGUUUUUGUAAGUGUCUAGAUGACACCACACUCAUGGGACCUGGUGAGGCUGUGUCGGCCAGUGUGAAGGUGACCUGUAGGCCUAGAGUGGGGUGGGGGGAUCCCAUGGGAUGAUAAACUGGGCACCUCGGUAUGCUGGGUGGAUGGCUUAUGUCUAAGCAUGUAAGGGGGGGGCUCCUGUGUGUGUGACAGUAUGCAGUGUGAUCACAGUGUAGGGUGUAUGGAGAUGUGGGUCAUGUGGUUACCAACAGGACUGGACACUUGUGACGGGUGACCUUGGCACCUGCAAGAGUGUGGCUGUACGUGGCUGCAUUUUUGGGUGUGGGUGAUGUGGUUUAUUAAUAGCAGAAAGCAUUGGUAAACCUUUUUGUCCUGACUGAGGAAUGCCACACCUGUUUCACUCUGUAGUAGGGUGUCUCUCAGCCUAACAUCUGUAUCCGUCAGUUGUUGCUAGGGAACACAUGACCACAAACUCAGCAACUUGCAACAGCAUGCAUUUGUGGCCUCAUCUGAAGGCAUGAUCAGGGAUGGACCCACAUCCCAGCUCAUGUGCUCGUGGCAGCAUUCAGUUGCCUGUGGUCUUGGGACGGAGGAUCUCAGCUGCCUGUUUCCUGGGCCUCUCCCUGGAGCCAUUUAGCAGCGCUGGUGUCAUGAAGUGUGAGGAAGCUGUGUGUGUGUGUGUGUGUGUGUGUGUGUGUGUGCAUGCGCACAUGUGAAAGAGAGGCCCUGUAGCUGUUGUCAUGUGACCAGGUGGACUGUAUGUGGGUGAGAAGGAUUGUUUGUGUCCAUCUUGGUAGCAGUGUGUUUUUUGCCCUUGCGUCUGUGUGGCUGUUCAUUCCACAAAUAUUUACUGGGUACACUGUGUGUGUGUGCAUAUGCACAUGUGUGUCACUGCCUGGCAUGUGGACAGGCCCAUGGAAGAACAGGUAACAUCCUAUCUGGGUAUAGCUGAUCUCCCCUGGCCUGUGGUGGGUCCAGGGCCCACAGCAACUGGUGUUGACCCCUCCCACUUGAAGGUGCCAGAGAAAGUAGGGCUGGGUGGGGGCCUGCGGCCCUUUCUCAGGGACACACCCUGAUAGCACAAUCUCCCUGGGGCCCUGCCCGCCUCCAGGCCUCUCCUGCUCCAGGCCCUGCCCCGACCCUGGGGGACAGAGGGGUUCUGGGGACCGUGCCAGGCCAUGCUUGCUGUGACCCCGCCCCUGCCCCUUUGCCCCCUCGCAUGUGGGUGUCCCCCUGCCCCCUGUUGUGGGGGUCUGUGUAGCAUUCACUCUAGAAAUAGUCUUCCUGCAAUAAAGUCGUGGAUUCCACAUUCCC